GAGAGAGAGAGAGAGAGAGCGCUAGAUCAAGAAGUGGGCUUGCUUGAGUUUCAGGUAUCUCUUCAUGGAUUUAAAGAGAAGUAUACAGAAGUUCAUGUCCAGAAAGCUUCUUUUCUACUUGGCUUCCCUCUGUUUCUUCUCUGUAUGUGCUCUGAUCAGUACCAACGCCAGCAAUCCUCUCUGUUUAGAUACCAUUGGAACUCAAUUGGGUAGAGCAACUAAACUUAAUGCUCAGGAAUUUUCCAGCAAAAUAGCCAUGAAAGAUGAUGAAGGCAAAUGGGGGCUUUCUUUGAUGAGCUUUACGAGGAGAUACCUAAGAGGCGUUGGAUCGUCGCCACCUCGAUGUACGUCGAAAUGCGGCAAGUGUACACCAUGUAAGCCGGUUCAUGUGCCGGUGCCACCGGGAACACCUGUGACGACGGAGUAUUAUCCAGAAGCUUGGAGGUGCAAAUGUGGGAACAAAUUGUACAUGCCUUAAGAGACCUAACUUGUUGAUCCAAAAAUUUGAGUCUGUAACAUCUUCUCACUUUGGAUGUUGGGCUCAUGUUUAUAUGCUAUAUAGCUUACCAAAAAAUUACUGCCUACCUAUGUGGUGUUGGACUGCAAUCUUCAUCUUUGGGUUUGUAGAAGUUAUAUAUAUUGAGUAUGCAAGAGAAGUAAGAUUGUUGU